AAAAAAAAAAAAAAGAAAAAAAAGAAAGUUUUCAGAAAUUUACCACUCUUUGUCUGAAUCAAAAUUUUAAUCAAUUCCUGAUUUUCACCAGGCUCCAGUAAGGAGAGCGCAGCUCAUGGUAUUUAAAUUAAGCUCCCACAACAUUUUGUGGCAACACGAUAUUUUAUGGCAGUGAGUGCAAAACACACCAGCGGCACCACUGUAAACUUUGAAACGUUUUGAAGAAUAUCAAGCACCAACUGCACUGCCAAUAGAGUUUUAAGUACAAAACGUAGAGAGCUAAAAUUAUGCAAGCAACCGUUUCUCACACAAGUAGUCCCAGCAAUUUCAGACAAGGGCGAUACCCAUGAUGAAGACUUGCAGAAUGGGAUAAUCGAAAAAAAGUAUACAAAAAAAGUACUUUCCAGUGCAAAGAAGGUAGCGGCAUCCGGACUCGUGUUUAGCUCCCAGGAGAAAGCAGGCUGCGUGGCUUGCAAGCGCCAUACGUGAAUAGAUUGUGAAAAAUGAUCUCAUGAAUACACAAGCAUGUCAUCAUAUCCCACCUGAGGGCAUGUGGUAACCGGAUGAAGCCACAGUUUGGAAAAUACAACAAUGAAGAAACGUUCCUGCUCGGCCACAAAGAACAGAAAGCUAUUAGUACUACCUGCAAAUCACAGAAAAUUGGAGCUGUCCUGACCCUACUAGAUGAACUCCAGCUGAUACGAAGCAGCCAGAAGAAACUUCUUGCGCUCUUCUCCUCGGUUUUGGUGAGCAGCACCGUGCUUCUCAGUCUGGUACCACAGAGCAAGCACUGGCUCGGCUACGGGGACCAGGACUCAACCAGGACGUGGACAACUCCAGUGGGCAAUGGACGGAGGCAUCGGCUCGCCGGUGUGCUGGGGGAGAGGCUGCUCCCAUGUAAUGCCACUGCUUCUAGCUCUUCAAGCAAGGUUAAGUACAUUGUGAGUGUUUCUCCACUUUUCCGGGCUUUGCAGAGAAAUGCCCAAGUAUGUGUUUGCUCCCUGCUGUGCCUUGCUGCUUCUCGUACCCUCUGCCCUGCGCCCUCUGGAGCCCUGCCAUCGUGCAGCAGCGCCUGCUCCCUGCCAAGACUGCUUCCACUCAAGAAAGACAGAGCACUAGGUGCAUGCACAAACACUAAGCCUGCAAUGAACUUGCAGCAUCACCAAAAGACAAACUGUAUCAGUGGUUUCAACAGCUAAGCUCUUGUACCGGUCCCCACUUGUCAUGUCCUGGACAAGCACACCUACCCAAGUGUGUUCACAGCUAUGAACAGCAAGGCUGGGGCUCCAGCCCAUACUUAUACAAAUUCCAAACAUUUAAAUCCAAUAAUCUUCUUUUAUCCCUUUUUUCCUGAAGGUGAAAAAGAGCAGAAGCUCAGAGGAAUAUCAUGCAUGCGAAGCAGGUGAACAGAAAGCCAAAGUGGUAGAAAUGUACAGAAACCUAUCAAUCACCUUCCUAUUUGUGCAUUUUUCACUAGAAAUACAGGAAUUCUCAGAGCAUUUGAGUCUUUGGUGUGCCAAGGUUUGCCAAGGUAAGAGACAGCCUAGCUUGCCAAGGUAAGAGACAGUUUCAGGCUUGUCCUUCAGAGAUGUAAAUGGAAUUUACCCUAAAAUGUUAUUCGGAGAUGAAUACUUAAGCAUUUUCUUGCCCAGUCUCUUCCUUCAUCACACAAUGCUGGUACAACAAAUAGAUUUGUAGAUGCUUCCAACGGCGCACGCAUUCCCUGAAGCCUGCAUGCUAACUGCUACACAGCAGGACAGCGUCCUGGCCCCAGGCAUGUUGCCACUUUCGCGUAUUUCCCUGAAUUGUAUCUUCUAGCACGAGGAAAUCGCAGAGAAGUCCAUAUUGCCACUUGGAUUGUGGGCGAGUGAAAAGAUGCGCACCCAAUUACUGCAAGCAUUUCAAGUAAAGCUUAGAGAUACGCAGCAGGUUCUUAGCUGCAAAUGAUAUGAUAGGUAGUUUCUCCUCCCUAGUUUUCUGCCACAUCCAAGAGAUUAAUACUCACAUGAAUCAUCUGUAAUGACUAGCAUAAUUUAGGGAAGUGAAUGAGAUUUUCUGCAUUAUUUAUAUUAUGAACUCACAAGAAUAUGAAUGGUGGCUUAUGUAAAUUCAAGCCAUGUUUACAGUAGCAAAGUGCAGAAAAAGACCAAGCAAGGGUUAAGCUGAUAUUUCCAGAGUUGGAGCUCUUUGUAUCAACACUCUGUUGCUUAUUGCUUUAGUGCUGAGUGAUGUGAGUUACAGCCUAUGAACUACAUAUGGGAAACUUUUAUUGUUUUCCACAUUUGAAUGGAAAAAUAAUUAUGUUGCUCACAUCUUUCACAUACUUAAAGAAAAUGCAUCACAUUCUUUCUCAGGGUGUGCGCCUGAAUUCUUAUAUUUAAGAAAAGGAGGCUGCCAAAGUUUUAACCUUCGAGUAAUAAAGAUUCUUUUUCUUUUCUUUUCUUUUAAUGCUUGAUAAUUCAACCUAAAUGUCAGCUUAGGCUUUAAAAUAGAACACAUCUAUUUGCUCAUAAUAUUUAAGAAAUACAAUGUCAUUAUGCUGUUAUCAGUGGUAAAACAUGUCUAAUCUUGAUAUAGCAUCACCUUUAACAAAUGCUUGUGGGGAAAAACUAGCGAAUGCAUAAAACAUUUUAUGUAGUUUUAAAAUAUACAAUACAUUAAAGUUUUAGUUGACUUAUCUGAAAAGACAUAUUUUUGGCACAUAAAUAAAAAAAGGCAAGGGAAGAACUUGUCAGAAGGCAAAUAAAGUAUGUAAAUUAAAUCAAAGGUAAGGCAGCUACACUUUUUGUAUAAAUAACUGUGUUAACAGAUUUUUAUGCAUAUUACAAUAUAUUCAGAUGUAUUACUUCUGCAAAAAACAAAUUCAUUGCUUCUCUCCAAAAAAACGGAUUAAAACAAUUUAUUUUAUAAAAUUUGGAUGGAUAGGAUAAGAAAUGUAAUAGCUAUCUAUGGAAAAUAAAUAUAAAAAUUAUUCAAGCUCCAUCUACUUUAUGUAAGUAAUGAGAUGCACUUCAUUCAAAUUCCUUUCAAUUGAAACAGUGCUGAGAAAGCAAGAACAUGAUUCUGUAGGAAAUGAUUUCUAAUCUUCAUGAUAACAUACCAAUAUAAUACAAUUAUUUACAAUUGACUAAGAGUUAAUUCCAAUAGUAUAACAUCUUUCUUGCAAAAAUGUCAGCUUUUAUUGAUGAAACAAACUAAGAAUAAAACAUUUUUACUUGUAGUCUAACUGUGCUGUUUUUCAUUCUGUUAACCAAAACAACACAGCAAUACUGUAAACAAAAAAUAGCAUCAAACUGGCUAUGUUUGCAUGAUUUUACCAAGAAUCAUAAGCAGCAGAGUGAAGUGCCUUGGGAUUUUUAAAACAUUAAAAGUGGUAUGAGAAAAAUAAUAUGCUUUUUGUUGUUUAUUUUGGUGUUGUUUUUUUUUUAAGACUAUAAUAAACACAAAUUCAGCCAGAAGUCAUCACCAAUGUCAAUGGGCAGAGAUCGGGUAUUGCUACCAAAAUAAAUACAACCAUGCUCCUACUUUCUAUUUUAAAUACCUAAAUAACACUAUUUUAUUUUAUUUUUCAGUAAAGUGGUGGAAGUGACACUUAAACAAAUAGUUAAUCCUCUGUUUGUAGACUGAAUUUGUGGUGUACGUGGCAUGACUGUUUUCACUGGAGUCUCAAUACUAUUUUAAUCUCAGCAAUUCUCUUGCCUUCGAACACUUCACCAGUGUUUUCCUUUACAAAGAAGGAAAUAGGGUUUAACUUCUCUGUCUCAUAAUCUGGGGGUAUUAGUCAAAUCUGACCUUUCCAAGCUCAUUUUAACUUACAAAAAAUAACAGCACUUCUAUUUGCAGCUGCCCAGGUAUUUGUGUGGCAUUUUGAACUCCUUGGUCACUGCUUUCAGGAGUGCUUCCUCUGAGGUCCAAUAAGCAGAACCACAAGCACUGACGAUUCAAGGCAAAACCACCCCUCCACACUGAGCCUUGCUCUUCUCCUGCACCUUAAUGAGGAUUCACCAAGUCUGAGUAGAAGAGUAUACCAAAUCAGAACAGUUUUAUUCUCAGAUUGUUUUGGUGUAGAGGACCACAGAAGACAUGAGCAAUGACAAAACAUGGUCCUGGUCAAAGGCCAUGGAUGAAUACGUCUCUGUUGUGAAGUAUGGACUUUUUUUUUUUUUUUCCCCACUCUGGAUCUGCAGCUGUUUGGAAAGAUAAAGUUAGUUUAACUCCUUUCUUAUGGCAAGGCAAGUAAAAACGACAUAGCAGUGUGCCAAGACACAAAACCACAAGUAGCUCAAGUUCAUAAUAAAAGCAGCUGCUUCAUCCAAUUCGCAUGGGGUUACCCUGCUGAAGCCCAACUAAUAUUUAAAAGCAUGAACAAGUAUGCCCUUAUAAACAAAAUACAGCAACUCGGCCUUAUCUCCUCACAUGGGCUGGCCCAACCAACUCAAAUGCUGAGACAAUAAAAGGAAACAGGUGGUUGAGAGAAAUAUCUUAUAUCCUCCAAAGCAGCUGCCCUAGGAGAAAUUCAAUCUAGGUAUCCCGAACAAGCUGCCUUUUCAUCAAAGAUCACAUACUCGAGGGAUGUACAGUAUACCUAUUUAGAACAUAUCUUGUAUUGUACUUUCUGCCACCAACUGGCUCCCUUUGAUUGGCAUAAUUUUGGCAGAUAACAAUAUUUGUAUUUUUAAAAACAGUAUUUAAUUUGUUUACAACAGGUGCUUACGCUCCCUUUGCACAGAAGAGCCGUUGUUCCCCAAGGCCCCGGGAUAGGACCGCGUGUCUCACAUUACCGCCUCUCUCCUGAGAGCCCAGCGGCCAUUAAAAUGCCCCAAGGAAGCAGCAGGAAUGAAAGAAAUGACCUCCCAAGUUUCAGCACUCUGAGCUGUCUGAAGCACAGGACACGGAAAUACUGUAGGAGGUUGGAGCGUGUGAGAAAGGAAAUCUGCAGGCGCUGAGUGACAGGGCACGCCACUUGGACAAGGAGGAGGUUUUGCCGCAAAACCAUCUAUUGGCACUUUAUUGAGCUAUCAUAACGUUAGCAUCCCUGAGGGCAGAAUGGAAACCAUGACCCAGGUAGCAAGCAGCUCCAACUAUUUUGCUUAAAAGCUGAAAUCUUUAUUAGGAAGAAAAACAACCAUUCUUCCUAAACGCCACUAAAAAUCCAUAAGGUUGUGAUCUUGCUCAAAUAGUUACUUAUAAUACUAAUUGUAAAACAACAUGGAUUUCAACGCAACCACUCUGUAACACUCCAGCCUAGAGCUUAAAAUAUUAAAUAUAUCUAGUGCUUUUUUUUUUUUUUACUUUUGUCCUGAAACAUGCAUAUUAAUCUAGAUCUGCCCUAGAAAGCAUGGAGAAUUGUCUUUCAGAUAUGGACAGAUACACUGUAGACAUACACCUUUGCAUAAUGAACUCUCCACUUUGUGACACUGUCAGUACCAUAUAUUCAUCUGCUGUUAAAUAGGAAUAUGUGAAAUACAUAACUAUAAAUCUAAAUACAUUUCUUUACAAUUCUGCAGAGAUCUCAAUGUUUAAUAUAUGAGGAAAAAAUGUUUACAAGGUUACGAAUCCUAAAGUCCAUUAAUAUUUAAGAAAAGUUGUGAUACCUACUGUGAAUAGGAGAUGUG